AUGGCGCCAACCGUGUCCUCUUCUCACACGAAGUUGUCCUAUCCUCUCUAUGCCGCCGACUUCGACCCGUACAACCCCGAUUUUCUGCUGGUCGGCGGCGGCGGAGGGUCGUCGUCGACAGGCGUGCCUAACAAGAUCUCGUUGAUCGAUACAUCUCGGCGAGAUCAGCUGGCAGAGGUGGUUGAUGUAGAGCUCAUCAAGGGCGAGGAUUCAGUGACAAGUCUGGCCGUCGUCGAGUCCUCCGAGUCCUCCUUGACUGCACUUGCAGGCAUCAACAGCUCUCUCGCCGACCAGAAUGCAGGCAAAAAUGAACAUUUGAGGUCAUUUCGCAUUGGAUUACCAGCACGAAAAAGAAAGGCCGACGGUAGCACUGCAAAUGAAGAUGGCACAGAACAGACAGAGCCUUCAGCACCGCCAGCGUCACAAGCUCUUGGACGAACGGCCCUUUUCAAAUCCGCAACCGCCACCAAAAAUGAGACGUAUCAGAGGGUUCUACGGCUCUCACCGGCCACCACUCCUACCCAGCAGCGACUCGCGGCCAUUGCGUCUGGCUUGGCUCCAGAAAACGAAAUCAUCGUCUUCCGACCCGCCUUGAGUCCCACGCUGGCGGACGAAGUGUCGCGCAUAAACCUAGGUUCUCGAGAAGCAGCAGAUCUGGAUCUGAUCAAUAGCGAUGAUGGCGAGGAAGGUCACCUUCUUGCUUAUUGCACAGACGAUGAGGUGUUCCUGCAGCGACUUUCCUUGAAGUCAAAGCCUCGGGCCCCGAUUUCGCUGCAUCGGAGCCCUGAAUCUACAAGCUCUCUUCCGCCGUCGAAGCGGCCCAAGUUUCGAGCCAUUCGUUUCUUAACUCCUUAUCAUCUAUUGCUGUUGCAAAAUAGACCAGGACGGACAGGCGCAGACUUGCUCGUGCUUCGAGUCAGCAAAGACCUGUCGCAAGCUCGCAUCUCCCUCCGCAAGCGACUGCACAAGUCAACGAAGGCUGCCGUCGGAUUGGAGGUGUGCCGCUUGACCGAAUCUGAACAGGGCGAGAGACAAUUUAUCAUUGCUGUGGCUGGUCAAAACGGAGAUGAUAGCUCAGUCGGGGUCUUAACUAUUGACUACACACCCGGAGUUGGCCUGGGAAGGUUCCGUCCCUACGCUUUUCUCAGAAGUGUCCACAAAGGACCUUUGACGAAGCUCACGUUCUCCAACUUCGUCGGUCCAACCCUGCCCGUGACAAAAGAUGUCGGGCCUCAAUCCGUCCGAUUGGCCUCGGUCGGCGUCGAUCAGCGUGUUGUGGUACACUAUCUCCCUCUCCGACCCUACCCGCCGACAUACACCAAGCGCCCACGAUAUGUGCUCAUCCCUCCAGGCCGAUCCGAAGCAAUGCAGACCACAUUCAGUGUGUUCUUUGCUCUGGUGGUGGUGGGUGUCGUGGCGUUCCUCAUGCAAGCCUUCUGCGAGAUUCGUGGCGCUGUACCGCCUGUCCUGGGCGCCACGGACUGGCUCUCCCCACGAAUGCGGGAGUUGGUCGUGCGGCCAUACAUCUUUGCCGACGUUGUUAAAUCCGAUAUACCAACCGCUGCGCACAGCGCGACCGAGAAACUGAAGGAUGCCGCUGCCUCUCACGUUCCCGACAUGGACGAGGUUCGAAGCAACAUCGAAGAAGGCACCGCGGGGCUGAAACGAAAACUCAAAGAAUUAGUGGUGGAAAACUCGGAACUCGAGACCCCUAAAGCAAUUAUCGUCCGCGACGAAGCUGGCACCGGCAUAUCCACCGAACUUGCGCACGACGCCGCACUCGUCAGGGAUGAGACGAUCAGAAAGUGGGAAGAGCUUUCAGAGACACAGAAAAAGAGCUGGAAACGCAAACUAAUAGAUGCCGGCCACUGGGCGGAGGACCAGGGAGAAAACAUCCUCAAGGGCAUCCUGUUCUCGGAACUAGCAGAUGCCGUGGGCCAUAUGGUGGGUGGAUGA